GAAUUCACUCUCAUCUCAAUCUCUUUUCUUCCCAUCAAUUCUCCUAUCACUCAAUUCUCUUCACUGACAAAAAAAACAUGGCAGAAUCUUUUGCAGCCGAGAUUGCAAAAUCCCUUUUAGGGAAGUUAGGCUCUUUGGCUGUCCAGGAAUUUUGUUUGGCAUGGGGACUUGAAGCUGACCUUGCACGUCUUGAAGAGAGAUUGUCAGCCAUCAACGCAGUGCUGUCUGAUGCGGAGAAGCAACAAUCAAGGAACGACAAGAUUCGGCUCUGGCUCCAAACGCUCAGAGAAGUCUUGUAUGAUGCGGAGGACGUGCUGGAUGAAUUUGAGUGCGAGACUUUGCGAAGGCAGGUGGUGAAAACUACGGGCAGCACCAGCAGUAAGGUACGACGCUCUCUUGGUCUAAGUUCUAAUAUGAUUGCAUUCCGUUUAAGAAUGGGUCAUAAGAUAAAGAGCAUCAUAGAAAGACUAUCUGAGAUUUCAUCUCUUAAGUCUGACUUCAACCUCCACGAGCAUCCUAAUGAUUAUAGUAGUGUCCUGCAUGAGGAAAUAGUGAUGAACCGAUCCUUUGAGAGCUUUUUCGGUCUUAUUGGAAGAGAUGGAGACACAGAACGCGUCAUCAACCUUUUAGUAGAACCUUUAAGAGAUGGUGAUGCACAUCCCCUUGUCCUUCCGAUGGUUGGAAUGGGAGGCUUGGGGAAGACUGCUCUUGCCAAAUCGGUGUAUGAUAAUGAAAUUGUAAAAGCUCAUUUCGAACUGAAAAUGGAGGCAUGCGUUUCCGAUAGUUUUUCCUUAAAACUAGUGAUACCAAAAAUCAUUAAAUCUGCAACUGGGGAAAUAUGUGCAAAUCUGGAUGAGGGUGAACUAAGACAAAAACUUGUAACAGUUUUGGAUGGUAGGAAAUACUUGCUUGUCUUAGAUGAUGUUUGGAAUGAAGAUCCUCAAAAAUGGUUGUUGUUGAAGCCUCUGUUAUCAAAAGGUGCGUUUGGAAGUAAAAUCUUAGUAACCACCCGCAGUCAACGUGUUGUUGAGAUUAUGGGUACAGUUACUCCAUACAACCUAACUCUUCUGGGUCAAAGGGAUUGUUUGUCGUUGUUUUACAAGUGUGCAUUCAAGGAAAGGCAAAUGGAGUUGUAUCCAAAUUUAGUUGAAAUUGGGAAAGAUAUAGUGGGAAAAUGCAAGCAAAUUCCUUUGGCAGUGAUUAACUUGGGGACUCAACUGUAUGGUAAAACUGAUGAAAAAGAGUGGGAAUCGGUGAGAGAUAGUGACAAGUGGGAGGAGAAGGGAGAUGGUAUUUUACCUGCUUUGAAGAUAAGUUAUCAACGACUGCCGACUCACUUGAAAAGAUGCUUUCUUUAUUCUUCCAUUUUUCCAAAAGAUCAUCUCUUCUCGGAUCUUGAAUUGGUUCAAUUUUGGAUGGCGCAUGGACUCAUUCAAUCAUCAAAUCCAAAUGAGAACUUGGAAGAUGUUGGCUUGCGUUAUGUGCGUGAGUUGAUCUCAAAAUGUUUCUUCCAAGAUUACGAGGAUUGGAUUUUUGGAGCUUUAUUUAAAAUGCAUGAUUUAAUGCAUGAUCUUGCAUCAUCGUUGGCUCAAAAUGAGUAUUCAAUCAUAAGCUCUCAAAACCACCAAAUUUCCAAAACCACCCGUCAUUUGUCAAUUCUCGACUCUGAUUCAUUUUUUCAUCAAACUCUUCCUAAGUUCACAAAUAAAUUACCUCAUGUGCGGUCAAUACUCUUUGCAACUAGCCUAGAGGCUCCUAGAUGCAAAACAGACUUUGAGAAGUGCUUGUCGGAAUUUAAGCAUUUGCGGUCUUUGGAAUUGAUGGAUGGUUCUGAAUUUGAAUCUUUGCCGGAGAAGAUUGGUGCCUUGAAACAUUUGAGAUAUCUAAGUUUUGCCGGGUAUUCAAAAAUGAAAAGACUCCCAAAAUCCAUUUUCAAAUUACAAAAUUUGCAAGCUCUGCUUGUAGGUGCAAAAGGAUUAGAAGAGCUGCCCAAAGAUAUCAGGUACAUGAUCAACCUUAGAUUCUUAUUUCUGGUCACUAAUCAGAAGCGGUUCCUAGAAGGUGGGAUUGGGUGCUUGGAGUGUCUUCAAACUUUAUUCAUUGUUCGAUGUAAAAAUCUAGAAUUUUUGUGCGACGAUAUGCAAGGUCUUAGAAGUCUUCGUAAAUUGGUUAUUGCUGGAUGUGAAAGUCUAAUUUCUUUGCCGCAAAGCAUGAAAUCCCUAACUGCACUGGAGGAAUUGUAUAUUUGCGAUUGUGAAAAGCUUAAUUUAAUGAUGACAGAGGAAGAGAAAGAAAAAAAAAUUCAACCACUUUCCCUUCGGAUUGUAUUUUUUGGAUGGUUAACAACAACAAUUACACUACCAAAACAGCUUCUUGAAGGAUCUAAGGACUCCUUACAAACAUUUAUCAUCGGAGAUUGUCCAAGCAUUAUAGAAUUGCCAGAGUGCGUCAGCAAUUUAAAGAAACUUCAAAAACUACAGAUCAGACAUUGUCCAAGGUUAAGCAAAAGGUGUCAAAGGGGAACGGGAGAAGAUUGGCAGAAGAUCGCUCAUAUCCCUAGAAUCGAGGUUGACCUUGAUGACAGCUAAUUA